CGUCGUCUCGUCAUUUGUACCGACGAUCGAGUAGUCUAGUCGCAACGGUUGAACGAAUAGGUCGUCAUCGCCGCGAUCAACGUAGACUCGCCACGCGACCUUCCGUAAGUCGGUUCCGCUGGACGCGAUGUUAGUAAAUAGUUGAUGCACAUAAUUAGAUUUUGUUUUUGCAAAGUGUUUCCCCGUACAGUGAUUAUAUUUGUGAUUGCGAGAAAGUGAUAGAUAGUUGUGCUGUGUAGUGAAUAAGGGGAAGUUUUUUAUUUAUAGUAUUAUAGUCCAGUAAGCAGCAACAAAGCAAGCGAUGAUGGCAGACGAUAGCGUUGGAACCAUGACGACCACUUCGGCAGUAGCCGAAGACGAACGUACGCUGAAUGAUGACGACCAACGGCCACGCGAUCGGGGUCUGUGGCGCGAUCUUGUGGCUUACUGGAUCCUGGGGCUAUGCAACAACUACGGUUACGUGGUGAUGUUAACAGCAGCGCACGACAUUCUCAAGGAACUGGAUGGCGGCGAUGACCACGGCAAGUCGAUCAAUGAAUACAGCAUUGCGAAUUCAACCAUGCGGUCCGACGGAGCCUUCGAUUUUGCCACCGAAAAACGACCUUGCAACAAGAUAUCAACCGGAGCCAUCCUUUUAGCAGACAUCCUUCCGGCCUUGUCGGUGAAACUGGUUGCCUCGUUCUUCCCACUGUGGAAACAUGUGCGAGUGGCAACGUGUAUCCUGUUGGCAGCGGCUGGAUUCAUUCUAGUUGCUUUCGCUGACGUAGAAUGGAUACUGUUCCUUGGUGUGAUCUGUACCUCGUUCGGAUCCGGUCUCGGAGAAGCUACAUUCCUCGCCUAUGCCAGUUAUUUCAACAAAAACGUAAUCUCGACUUGGUCCUCGGGAACGGGUGGUGCUGGAGUUAUCGGCGCCUUAUCGUACACAGGCCUUACCGCGCUCGGUCUUUCGCCAAAAGCCACCAUGUUGGUCAUGUUGGUAGUUCCUACGAUUGAAGCGGGCUCAUUUUGGCUGCUUUUACGCCACAAAGAUACUAGCCUGGGACCACAGCUGCCAAACCCCGAAGCGGAGAAAACGCACCAGGCCAACGGAAAUGCUUUGCAGGAGCACGAACGCCCUCUGGAGAACUGGAGGCAGAAAAUCAACUAUAUCCCGUCUUUGUUCAUCUACAUGAUUCCAUUGAUUCUGGUAUACUUGUUCGAGUACUUCAUCAAUCAAGGAUUGUUCGAAUUGGUGUACUUCCCGGGAAUUUUCCUAACGCAGUCGGAGCAGUACCGUUGGUAUCAAGUCCUGUAUCAAGUUGGUGUAUUCAUCUCCCGCUCGUCGGUCAACAUUGUCCAGUUCAAGCAGGUCUGGAUCAUGGCCGUGCUGCAGUUUGUCAACGUGGUAUACUUCACAUUCGAAGCCGUCUAUCUGUUCACCCCGUCCAUCUGGAUUAUUUUCGUACUGAUCCUGUGGGAGGGUCUCCUAGGAGGCGGAGGUUACGUCAACACCUUCUACCGAAUGCAGAUCGAGGUACCGGAAGCUCGACGAGAGUACGCCAUGAUGAUUACCUCAAUUUCGGAUUCGGUUGGCAUUGCACUGGCCGGAAUUGCAGCUAUUCCCUCACACAACGCCAUCUGUGACCUACCGGUGCCAGAUCGGUUACUGUAACACUACUAUCCUCUACUAUCUUAUCCUCAUCGUUGCAUUUUUCUGUAUAUAGAACAAACUUUAUACAAACUGAUAAUUACCGUAUGCUGUAAGAGACAAAUUUUCACUACGCUGUGAAACAACAAUAAAACUUUAUGACCAACACAAUCUAAA